GAAAUCGGUUACAGCUCUGACGUUCGCCAUUUGGACAAGCGGGAAGAAAAAUCUCAACAACACCAAGAACUCAAGCGACUGCUGGAAGCGGCCGGAUGGACGGUCCACUACUCCACCAAUGAAUGCCUUGCGCUCGGAGUGACUGGGGCCAUCCCUUGCAACCUCACUAAGCUGCUCACCUCUCAACUUGGGGUGACCCCACACAGCCGCACGAGUAUGCGGAGAGAGGCUCCACACACACGCUGUGAACAGUGCGGGCGGCAUUAUCAAAAUGCGCCGAGUAACCGAGCAGGAACUCAAACCGAGAGGUGGUGAUAGCGCGGCCCCUUGGAGCCUGCUGGUCGCGCUGCUCACGGCCUGGCUGCUCUGCCUGGACGUGUGCCUGCACCACCGGCACAUCAGCGUCGCCCGUACAGAGUCACCCCGGCAGCUGAAGCACUUCGUGGAAGAGAAGAACCCGAGCCAGGCAUCGUUGCGCGCUCGGUUCUGGCUCAUUGUGGCAUUGUAUGAAGGCCGCUGGACCCCGUGCCAGAAGAGGGGAAGCGUGCGCAGUUGCAAGCGGGCCCUGCCACUACACGUGUAACUCCUUUGGGUGUAACAGCUCCUCUCUCCUCUCUCCCGGCGCUUCUUAGUGCCACAUACUACAUCUCGGCAUUGACUCUUAUUCUCUACCUUGGUUCUCAAAGGCAAGUAUCAUGCGUACUGGUGAUUCUGGUCGGUUCUGGUGAUACUGGUUUCGAGCUUAGGGCCGUAGGGCCGUAGGGCCAACAUCUCGGCAGGCGAAAGCUGUACUGAUAGGACAAGAGUUUAGCCAGGUAGACGUGUGGACUGGUGGCAUGCAUGAAGUCCGGAGUGCAUGGCAAGGAGGCAUCGGGCAUGCGGGGCUUUGCAAGGGAAUGUCGAGGGACUGACGGCGACACAGGGCGAAGUGCUAGGGGAGAGCAUGGGAGAGCCCAACUGCCACUCGUAACCGUGUGGAGUCAAAUGCACCAGGAAGCGGGCCUGGCCGCGUUGGCAGGCAACCAUGUAUCAAUACACGAAUCUUUAUGUCUUGUGUUGCCACUGUGUCGACAAAGGGGGGUAGCGGGACGCGAGAGCGGGAGUGGGGCCGGCGACCGCUGCCCGGCCUGUGCAAAGCCCUGUGCAAGAUGUCCACGGAGACCGCAGACCCGGAGACACCAGCAGACACGCACCAAACCCCCUGACUAGGGACUCUCAUAUGCCCCAUUGGCUCUGGCCGGCGCCGCUCGGUUCGGAAGCACGAAACAGGAAUUUCAUUUGACGCGUGUGAAGAUUGCGAAAUGCCGCGAAGGUCGAGGUCCCGGCAGGCGGGCCUCUCGGGCCGAGACCAAUUUAUAUGAUUCCAUUGGAGUCCAAGUUACAGUUUUAAUCACUCGGGAGCCUGGGAAAGGGGGGUCCGAACACUACUUAAGCCCGGAUCCAGGCAGGAUCCAGGGCCCGGGGCGGGAGUUGCAUACCCCUCUCCCCUGCAAUAAUCCUUACGGAAGCAAAUGAAGCCCCCGCAUUUGCCGGGGCUCUCGCACAAACAAUUUGGGCAAGUCCUUGGAAACGGGCCAAAUUGAAGUGGUUCAAAGCGACAUGAAGCUGCAGUGCACGCCCAUGCUCGCUGGAGACCAAGGACAGGACUACUAGUGCUCGCCCCAGGAAGUGAACCAUUGGCGCACUUCUCCAUUUUGGCCGGGGGUGGGGGACGUGAUGCCUAGAGGAACAUAGCAGCUACAAUGCAGAUCGCUGUAUCCAUAUCAAGGUCUGGAAAGGGAGAACAGGCAGGGGACAAAACACGCCGACACUGACGCAAACACUGUAGACGCCGAUAAUAAUGUCAGAUAUUGUAUGCAUUUGGUGUCGUUAGUAUUAGUGACAAUUGUCAGCUGUAAAGCGAAAGGAGCAGAUGACGUCCAGACGCGCUUCCGACCAGCUGACUCGAACGCCGGGCAGACCGCGUCCGUGAGACCAGGACCCGGGUCGCGGGGACUUUGCCGUGGGGGAGGGGGGGGGGGGGAACUGGAGCGGACCUGUUGCGGAGGUGGGUGCGGCGUGAAACCUAUCGUGUCAGGUCGGGGGCUGACUGGAGGUUUGACAACGAGGGAGAACGACCGUGGCGCCGUGGAGGAAAGAUUGGGUUUGGGACAGCAGGGAUUGGAACCUGGCUUUGAGGGAUUGGGUUUGUGACGGCAGGGAUUGGAACCUGGCUUUGAGGGAUUGGGUUUGGGAUGGCAGGGAUUGGAAC